UCAAGAUGGCUCCCUAGCACCGCGUAAACAAAAAGGAUUACUGAACACUGGGAAUGUGUUUUUAAAGAUGAUAGUAUCAUGAAUAAGAACUUGAAGACUCGGGUUGCUGUAUCUUUGAAGAAUACAAUCGGACGACAUGUCGGGGUUCUUCCUGUUGAUCCAAGACCACGUGUGACAAGGAAAGCUCCCUCGAGUGGUGGAGGAGUUGUCAGGAAGGCAGGAUCAUGCACAUCAGCUGCACAGCCACUGUCUCGCACGUCAUCCCUCACCUCCACUAACCGUGACCUUUCUGAUGAUGAGGAGCAUGAUGAUAUCAAGUUAUCAAGUGCUAUUAAUUCGAGACAGGGAUCUUCAAGAUCUGUGUCUUCCCAGUUUGGGUCAGCAAGAAGUAGGUCUUCACGUAUUGGGUCAUCCCGUGCUGGGUCAUCUCGUGCUGGGUCAUCCCGGAGGGCCUCUACUGGCACAAGGCCGCACACAUCAGAAGAGAAGGAAAAAGAUGAUCGCCCCAAAAACACCAUAGAACCUGAAGAAAUUUUGGAGCAGUGUCAGGAGCGAGACUACAACCGGGUGUACGAGAUCAGCCUCCAUGGAGAGGCCUUGACCCAUGUGGCUGACCUAGAAAAGUUCCGGAAAGUCCGGGUUCUGGAUUUGUCCUGCAAUCACAUCAGAAGAAUAGAUAAUCUGGAGUUCAAUCAAGAUUUACGCGAGUUGAAACUUUAUGGGAACCAGAUUUCAACUAUUGAGAAUCUAGACAAUCUCAAGGAACUUUGCAGUCUACAGCUGCAGCACAACAAGAUUAGAUCAGUUGGUCGAGGCUUGAGCAGCCUGAAGAAGCUGCGCACUCUGAGACUGGACAGCAACCACCUGCUACGCCUGGAGACAAGUGACCUUGUAGCGUGUGUCCAGAUCACUGUGCUUCACCUCAGCUCCAAUAUGCUGGACAACCUCUCAGCCUUAAACUACUUACCAAACCUGGAGGAGCUCUCAGCCUCCAACAACCGACUUCGGAAGGUGACAGAUAUGCAGCGAUGUAAGAAGCUACAGGAGGUGGAUCUUUCUGGAAACAGGAUCUCUGAUCUCAGUGGUCUGGCAGGUCUACCUCACCUACAGAUCCUUGAUGUUUCUAGUAACCAGCUGACCAGUCUGCGGAGUCUUGGAAAGCUCAGAUCUCUGGAGGACCUGAAUGUGUCCCACAACAAGCUGAGCGAGCUGUCCUACUUCGCCCAGAUAUUUCCUCGACUUCAGAUUCUCAGUAUCUGUGAUAAUUCCCUGGACACCUGGCAAGAUGUGAGUGAUCUGGGGAUGAUGAAGGAGCUUGUGGAGAUCUCACUGAGUGGAAACCCAGUGACAAUGGAAGAUGGAGAAAUGCCCCACUACCACUACACGAUACAGACAGUCGUGCCCAACAUAGAGGUAGUGGAUGGGGCACAUGUGAAGCGCCAGAGUGUUAAGUCUGCUCCACUCAUGAGACCGAUGUCCGCAUCCAGCAUUGUCAAGUGUACGGCCAGAUGGACACACAACUCAAGGCGAUGCCGAGGAAUCAAGUGUCUUGAGAAGAGUAUUGCAGACAAAUUUGAGUCUCUGCAAGGCACCUGUGAGACACUACCUCUAUCACUGCCAGAGUGGACAUCUAGUCUCCAGUCUCCCACCAGUUGCCAUUCAGCCAGCAGAAGCCGAGCCAGAUUAAGAGAAGCCAUGGACUUCUCGCAGAGCACAAAACUCCUAGCAGAGCUGAGCACAAGGCUGCCUUCAUCAGCUCCUCCACGCUGUGAUGUCAUCAUGGUGACAGCCACGCUGUGUUUUGCAUGUGUGUGUGUGUAUUCAGGAUGUUCAAGGAAAGUGAUGGUUUUGUGGGAUCAUCACGGGCAAGGUUCUUGUUCAGGUUUCAGUUAACGAGAACAUAAGAAGUCUGUACUUGGUGUCUCUGUGGAUCGUCUCACAUGAACUUGGAUGACUCAGUUUGUACUUGGUGUCUCUUCCCGCAAUGACGUAGUUGCAAUGUAUAUCCAGUCUGAUCCAGUCUGAUCCAGUCUAAUUGCUGGUAUCUGGAGCUGAAUUUAUGAUCAUAUGACAUUUGUGUGUACACAGUCUGACAACCUUUCUUGCAGAUUUGUUUCCUGAAAGGAUUAUGUUCUAGAGUCCUGGGUCUACAGCAGUGUAUGAAAUAAGCCAAAAACCAGCCAGACAUCAGUGCUGGUAACUCUCAAAAUGUUACCACCCCAAAAUGGAUUUAAUUAGACCAAAUAUGGUGAAUUUACUCAGAUAU